AUGUCAUCAUUAUUUCCUAUAGCCAUUAUUAGUGCUGUCGUUAUAGUACUGUUACUAAAAAUUUACUUUGGUAACAAUCGAGCAAAGAGGGAACCGCUACCUACGAACGUGGUCAGAUUACAUCAAUUUAAUGCAUGCAGACCCUUGCCCAGUUGCUCGCCUUUCGUCAUGAAAUUAGAAACAUACCUCAGGAUGGCAAAGAUUAAAUAUUGCAAUGAUUUUAGUAUGACAUUUGGAAAGAGAAAGGGAAAAAUUCCAUGGAUUGAAUUAAAUGGAGAGGAAAUUGAAGAUACUAAUUUUAUAAUGGAUCACUUAAACGAAUUCUUUCAAGUAGAUUUGGAUAAAGAUCUUAGCGAUGAGGAUAGGGCUAAAGCUCAUGCAUUGAAAAGAAUGAUGGAGGAAAAUACCAGAUGGGCCAGCAUUACUAACGUGCGAUUUCAAAAUUCAGCUCACAUCUCUCAUACCUUAAAAGCUGCAAACUUGCCCAGCUACCUAUACCUUAUCUUUCGUUAUGUUCUUGCUGGAAAAGUGCACAAAGACAUGAAGAAGCAUGGAAUAGGCAGACAUUCAACUGAAGAAAUUCAAUCAAUCGCCAUUGGAGAUCUUAAAGCAGUUUCGGCUGUGCUCGGGCAUAAAAAAUAUAUGUUUGGCGAUCAACCAUCCACAAUUGAUGCAGCCAUGUUUGGCAUCAUCUCUAAUAUUAUUUACGGUAAUCCACCUGAGUCCUCGCUAACUUUAUACGUAAAGGACUAUUUACCGAAUUUAAAUAGUUAUGUAGAAAGAAUAAAGAGCAACUUUUGGCCUGAUUGGGAGCAGCGAUGCGUUCACUAA